GGAGCAAAAGCCAGCAAGCGGAACUGCACAGCCUCUGUGACUUUGGGCCGCUAUGCUCACGUGUCACAGCCAAAGCCUGCACGAAAAUGCGGUAUUCUUUCCAAGCAACAUUGAGCGUCUCCUCUAAACCCAAUAGUUUAUUCGCCUGCUCAUUAUUUUGUGCUGCACAACCCAGUGUUUUGGUAUCAUUGUUUUUGUGUUUUCCUUCCCAUCAUGUUUUCUGAGAAUGUUUACACAUUCUCACUCCACCCCUCUUCAUCAUCAUCUUCUUGUAGCAGACCGUCGCCCUGUGGACCCGCCACCGAUCAUCCAGCUUCACGUGAAUGACCCAACCACAGCAACCAACAACCGGGCGUUCCUGCACAAUCCGUACUACUUCAUGUACGCCACUCUGAUGGACGAGCAUGGCGUACGGGAGCUGAACACACUGAGCGACAAGAAGGCGCGGACGAUGACUGGCUCGGUGGUGGCAUCGCUGGCCCACCUGAAAGACAUUGACGGCACAGAUGGCGCUUUCUUUGUUUUUCCCGAUUUAUCCGUGCGCUGCGAGGGGGCGUACCGCCUAAAGUUCUCGCUCUUUGAGAUUGUUGGGAACCAGGUGUUUUUCUGCCAAUCCAUUACAUCCGCUGUGUUUACGGUGUACUCGGCAAAGAAAUUCCCAGGCAUGGAGGAAUCGACACCCCUGACAAAAAUCUUUGCUGAGCAAGGUCUCAAGAUCCGCGUUCGGAAGGAACAAAAGUCUGCCCGCGCAAAACAGUCUCGGUCGCGCCAGCCGCCUAUUAAUCCGGCUUUGCCGUCGAGUGAAUCAUCUCAACCGUCGAUCCCGCAACACCACCACCACAACCAGCAACAGCACCAGCAGCACUGGGCUUCGGCCGAUCACCACCCGACCCACUCUGCCCAUCACCACCACCACUACCAGCAACAGCAGCAGGCUCCACCCCUCCGCCAUCAUCCACACCACCCCCACUCGGGCAGUGUAGAAAAUGGAUCGCCACCGUAUCCACUCCCCCAUGCAGCCAGCACCGGCAGCUCCCACUCUUCGGCCCCACCCCAGGUGUAACCAUUCAAGGGCCCACGCCGUCGAUGUCCACUAGCGCUGCCAAUCUGCCGCCAAUGCCACACGCACAGUACCCCCCUCCUCCCCCUGGCAGCUACCACCGGUCCUAUCUGCCACCCGGCGCUGACAAUGGCUACAUGCCUCCAUCUCAGCAGCCACUGCCUGUUC